AACUUAUCGUAGAUCCUUCUUCGGUCAAAAAAAAAUCCAAGAUCCUUCGAUUAUGAUCUGGCGUGAAUUUACUGUUUAGAAUUUUUCCCUGUCCGAAGUUUGCAUCCGUUCGCUCAACAACAAUGAAUGCUAGCUCCAUUUCUUCGACCGAUUUUAACCAAAGCGACGCUAGUGACAGCGAUGCGGACGCAAGUCGCGAUGAAGUGCCGGAAUACUACCAGCCGAUCUCCAACGUCGGCGAAGACGAAGGUAGGGGCGGCAGUGACGUCAACUCGGACGAAGAACACAGCUAUCAUUUCCACCAGCUUCCGAACGGCUACUGCUCGUAUGGAACGGAGAAUGGGAUGUCAUCUCUGGUUCUAAACGACGACGUGGGCGUGGAGCAAAUGAACGGCGAGGAUGAGGAAGAGGAAAGGAUGAGAGAGGCGUCGGAGCGGGCGAUUCGGAUGGCAUUCAGAGAGGAUGAAAACCGAAGGAAUGCGCCGUUGUCGGUGGAGAACGCCACAAGAGUGAGGGAGGCGAUGCGUGGUGUCUCGUUUGGUGGAAUCGUUCCUGAUUGGGCUGCUCAUGUUCCCGAGGAUCGCUGGAUUGAUCAGCUUCGCAGAUUGAGGGAAAUAUAUGAGAAAUCGAGAUGAAGAUUGAAGCAUGCAGCAUGCUUUCUUUUGCUUGCAAGUUGUAACAAGAGAAGUCCUUCACUUGGUCCUUCAACAUGACGUGUGAUCAUUAGACGCAGAUCUUCUUGUUGGGGAAAAUGCAUUACGAGAUUGUGAUUCGUCA